AAAAUUGUUGAAUGAUGAAUUGGAAUUGAUAGUAAUAUGGCUCCCCUUCUUUUAGAUCGUUCACUAAUAUCAGAGAUGAAGUGGAAAUGAUCGGACAGAUAACCAGGAUAUUUGGUUUUGAUAAUUAAAUGUAGAAUAGAAAGAAUGUGGAAUUUACGUAGUUAAUGCAGUUUCAUCAGUGACAAUUGCUGAAAAUAUUGCGUAACGUGCUCAUGACGCCUGAGAUUAAAAAUAAAUCUUAUACAGUAGUUCUGAGCACGCUGGAGUCUGUUCGAUUGCUCAACGGUCAUGUCACUCAUCACAGUAGUCAAAGUGUGGUAGUAUAAGAGUCUUAAUGAGCAUCACUUUGACAUUGAAUGGCAGAUUCAAGGCAAACCGUUUCAAACCGUGGAUAACAGCAAAGACUCUUCUGCACGUUAUCGUAACUUGGUCAGUCCAUUUGAGAUUUCUGUUCAUAGUGAGUCCGAGAUUUGUCAGUUUGUUUUGGUAAUUUAGUCCACAACUGUUAGGUUUAAGUUUCAGUGCGGUAUCAAGAUUAGUUAGGUUUAUCAUUUUAGAGUUACCAACUAUCAUUGCUUGCGUUUUGUUUUCAUUUAGUUUCAGUCCUUGUUGUAUUGUCCAAAAGUUAAUGGCCUCAAUAUCCAAGUUGAGUAGUGACCCAAAAGUAGCUAGUUCGUUUGGUAAACAGUGAACGUAUAUUUGCAGAUCGUCGGCAUAGCGGUCCGUAAGUCGUAUAAUAUUACUAAUUGAUUAUAAUUAUGCAUUAAUUUUGGUCUCAGAAAGUUUUAGUCCACAAUCCUAAACAUACAACUUGAAAUCUACCAGAUCAUACUAUUUCUUAAAAUAUUUAGAUAAAUUCCUUUUCAAUACCUCCGAGGUUCUCUGCCGGGCUCCAAUUCAAUGUCAGGGCUAAAGGUUCCAAAUCACACCUCAGUUUCGUUUCAUAAUUUUCAUACUUGUAAUCACCUUCAACUAGUAACACAUAGUUAUAAUGUUAAAUAAAUAAUGUUAAAUUCUAUGUGUUUGUCAUUUUGUUUGAUCAAGCGUGUUAUUAGGGAUUAAUACUUCAUAGUUACAAGAUCGUUAGCUUAUUACCUACUGAGCAAAAAUAAUGCAACUCGUUAUUGUUUAUGAAAAUAAAUACUCAAGUAAUUAAAGAUUUUAAUUACGAAAAAUUAUUAAUCAUCAUUAUUAAGUCAAUGUGUAUCAUACAUAUACUUCAUCUACAUAAUAAAAACAAUCUUAAAUAAAAAUAAAAUACAUAAUCAGUUGAUUUUAUGAGACAAUUUCAUAAUUAUUGUUUACAUCUGAAAGAAAUACACGUUUAAUUAAAAAUAUAAUAGCAAUCAUAUAAAUCCCUCUUUACAAUAUCCUAUUACAACCUGAAUAUUAGGAAAUAAUGGUUUUAUUUAUUAGGAAACAAAGAUUUGUUUACAAUUAAUGCCAGAACAGGACAUUUUUGAAAGUUUAAAAGACAUUUGAUAAUGAAAAAAAUGUAUUCAAAUAAUUUAAUUGAGGGCGUUCAUGAUAAGAAAUAGUUACCUGUUCUAUAGUUACCGUAAUUGAGUACCAAUAAAAAACAACAACUCGUAGUGAAUGAAAUUGAAUUAGGUAGAAAAUAAUGGUUUUAAUGCUAAUCAGCAGUCCCAAGUAAGCGAUACAGACAGAGGUCGUUUAGCCAAGCGUCCGUGCGGUGUCUGCUCGUGAGUCAGUUGUGUGUAGCUGUAGUGCCAACAUCGCUGACUGUCACGCUCCUAAAUAUCACAUCCGUCCUUUCAACCUCCUCUCAGAAGUCGUUGUCUGUGUCAACCCUCAGAGAUGUUUAAGCUGCUAGUGUUCUCGUGUCUGUUCGGACAUGUUCUCUCUGCUAACAUCCUAGCAGUGUUCCCGCACACCGGCAAGAGUCACUUUGAUGUGUUCGAGCCACUGGUCCUGGCUCUUGCUGGGAGAGGUCAUCAAGUCACCGUCCUCAGCUUCUACCCCCAGAAGACCCCUGUGGCUAACUACACUGACAUAAGCCUCGUUGGGACUCUGCCUGUAUUCGUGAAUGCUCUGCAGUUCGACUAUCUGAAAGGUUCAACACUCAUCUUCGAAUUUACUUUCGUCAAUGGUAUUGGGCUCAGUGUUUGCGAGUCGGUAUUAACCUCUCCUCAAGUGAAAUCUCUGAUAAGUUCCGGCAAAAAGUUUGAUCUUCUGCUUGUCGAAUUGUUCAACAGUGAUUGCUUCCUCAGUUUGGUGGACUUUUUUAGUGCCCCCCACAUCGGCCUUUCUUCCUCCAUGAAUCUACCUCACCACAUUCCUAGGGUAGGAAACCCAGAUAGUUUUUCCUUCUCGAAUAACAUUUUACUUCCGAUAAAACCACCCUUCAGCUUCCUUCAAAGGUUACAGAACGUGGUCUACACACUCGGCAUGCGCUUGGGAAGGACGCACUACUAUUCUGUACUAGAGCAGAAGCCUAUCCGUCAGGUAUUUGGCCAUGAGGUGGAUCUCGAGAGGGUCGCUCACAACGUAAGCCUAGUAAUGACGAACACUCACUACAGUCUACAGGGCGCACGCCCCCUAGUUCCUGGGUACAUAGAAGUCGGUGGGCUACACAUUCUCCCUCUCAAACCCAUCGUUAAGGAUCUGGACAAGUACCUGAAUGAGUCCACAGAGGGCGCUAUCCUGUUCUCGAUGGGUUCGGUGCUCCAGUCCUCCUCAUUUCCUCCCGCCAAGAGACAGGCUAUCAUGGACGCCUUCGCAGAGUUGCCAGUCCGUGUCGUCAUGAAGUGGGAGGACGACACCCUGCCGGGGAAACCUGACAAUGUACGGCUCAGCAAAUGGUUGCCCCAACGAGACAUCCUAGCUCACCCGAAAAUCGUCGCAUUCAUGGGACACGGCGGCCUGCUGUCCACCAGUGAGGCGGUGUACUGCGGGAUCCCCAUGGUGUUGAUCCCCAUGUUCGGUGACCAGCCCAACAACGUGGCCCACCUCGCCGCCUCUGGGGCAGCUGUAAAGCUGUCAUACAAUGAUAUUACGAAGGAAACCGUGUUGAAGGCUCUGCGUGCAGUUUUGUAUGACUCAAGGUAUAAAGAAAGUGCAAAGCUUCUGUCAGAGCGAUUCAGGGACAGGCCAAUGUCUCCACUGGACACGGCGGUAUAUUGGACAGAGUAUGUCCUGAGACACAAUGGUGCCCGCCAUCUCCGCUCUGCAGCUGUGGAUAUGCCGUGGUAUCAGCUUUGGCUGCUAGAUGUCGCGCUAGUGCUGCUGGCUGGCCUAGCCUCUGUACUGUUUGUGGUGUUCUGGCUCGCUCGGCGAGUCGCAAAUUUCAUCAGCCGUCGGCUCUACCCACACCAGCUUCGGCAGAAGCAGAAGAGAGAGUAGCGAUAGUAAUAAACAUGUUGUAAUAUGCAUUAAUUAUAAAAUUUGUUUAUUUUUAUA